GUUUCUUUUUUGUCAUUCUUAUAGCCAAUGAAUGAUCGGGUUGAUACGUUCAUGUUGAUGCCCAUGGUCAGUCUUCUCUCAAGAGAAACAGUCACUCAGUCUGCGGGUAUCAAUGGGGCUGGACAUACAAAGCAAGCUUCUUCAAGUUCUUGGCCUCGCCAAGGAUCAUGCAUCUAUUGGCAAAGCUUUUGUACAAAACUACAAUGAGAAAGGCUUUUUUGACAUUGAAGUUGCAGUGGUUCGAGCCACAAGCCACGAUGAUAGUCCCAUUGACGACAAAACCAUGCACGAGAUACUCUUCUUCGUUUCCAACACUCCAGGAUCAGUCCCUUUUCUUGCAGAGCGGAUUUCUCGCCGUCUAGCCAAGACAAGAGACUGUUCAGUUGCCCUCAAAUCUCUGUUGCUCAUUCACCGUCUCCUACGUGGAGGAAGUCGUGUUAUCGAGCAGCAGUUGCAUAUUGCUCAUGCCUCUGGCCAUCUCCAAAUGGGUUGCUCCUGGUUCUUGAGGAAUCCGGAUCAGUCCUUUGUUUUUCUGCAAAACUAUGCAGCAUAUCUCCAAGAAAGAGUUGAAUGGAUCAUCAACCAAGCAGGAAAGCUUGAACCCAACAUGACUGGUGGUGGCACAAAGUUCAGACACUACAAAGAAAGGUCCAUGGAUCUUGUGUUCCACAUCUUACCAAAGUGCCAAGAGUUUAUUGACAAGGUGCUGAAAUGUUCACCACCCAAUACAUUGCCUGUAGAGAACCUGGUCCAAGUAUCAAUAUGCACCAUCCUGAAAGAGAGUUUCCAAGUCUACAUGACAUAUUCCGACGGCAUAGCCAUGCUGGUUAACAUGUUCUUCGAUCUAUCAAGACCUGCAAGAGCUUUGGCCUGCAAGAUGUUGAGAAAAGCUGCUAAACAGAGUCAAGAUCUCCGCGAGCUGUAUGAAAGGUGUAGAGGAUGCGUCGGGGAAAAGAGCUUGGACUACCCAUCUGUGCAAGAUAUCACCAUGGAUCAUAUAAUAGCACUAGAGCAGUGCACAAACCCUAAUCCUGCCAGUUCUUCAUUGAGGAGAAGCAACAAAGGAGGAGAACAGGUGAGUAGGGUUUCUCCCAGUAGUCCCUUCUUCUCGCCGAUGGAGACCAAAAUCAGCACAGUCUGGGUUGUUUUUGAAUAAAUGGAAGUAGUAAAAGGAAGAGGACAGGUUUCUUUGCCAUGUUUAAGGCUUGGAUGCUUAAAAGGAGAUCGUGAUGUCUCUCUGCUUCAUUCAGUUCAGGUUUCAUCUGUUUCCUUGUCCAAAGUUGGGUCAUGUGGAGGAUUUUUUUUUUUUGUUUUAAUGGUGUGGUGAUUCAACAUGACAUCAAAGUGCAUAACUAUGCUUCUGUGUACAAAGAUCUUACUCUUAAACUUCAAUUAAGAAUACUCUAGCCAUUUGAUUGGCUAGACAAGGAU